AUUGGUAGGGGGAGGCAGCGGGGGGGGGGGAGCGGGGACCGGCGGAUAAAUCGGUGGAACCCGGAAUCUGUCCUCGUUUGCUGAUCCGGAGAGCGCAUUUGGACAGAGAUCAGAGGCGCUAACCGACCGACAGCCCUCCCCCUGGGAGCUCCCCGGCGCUUAACGGGCCAGGCUUGAUCGAUACGGCAGGCAGCACGCCCUGCGCUGUCCCGCUUCUCCCUCCCUCCCCCGCGUGGCGGCGGCGGCGGCGGCGGCAUGACUGCCUGCGUCAGACGGCGAUAGCGGGCGCAGCCGCGGAGCGUUCGGGGCUGAGCAGCGGACGAUCCAGCGGCUAGCGGGCGGUGAUGCAGGAGCCGCCAGCCGGCCCAAUCCCCCUGUCUGCCAGAGCGCGCGGCACGUAGUUUGUGUGUUUCUGCGCAGGUCACUGUGACCGGGCCGUCCUGCCGGACUCAGGAUGCAGUGUGCGGGUCAGAACCCGGGGGUCAACACCGCUGUGCUGCUGUUGCAGACCUGGGCUUGGGUCCGGACCGGUGCCAUUGAUGCCUUACCUAAAAUCGACGGACAGUUGCGCUCUGCAGUCACGCUGCAAGAGAACAUCACCCAUCAAUUCAACUGCCAAUCAGAGGGGUGGAACCCGCAAGCCCCGCCCCUACUGACCUGGUACCUGAAUGGGGAGAGGCAGGAGCAGCUGUCAGGCGGCGGAACGGGGCAGCUGGUGAUGACGUCACAGGAAGUGCCGGGCGCGCCGGAGGGGGAGUCCAAACGCAACAGCACGUUCACGCUGAGGGCCAGGAAGUGGGACCGGGAGCUGGUGUGCGCCGCCUCGGACCCCCGAAACGGGGAGAGCUACAACGCCACCGUCAUUCUCAAUGUGCAGUUUCUGCCGGAGAUUGUGCGCGUAAAUGCACACUACAGCGACACCUCCGAUCCAGGCCUGUCUUUGGUCCUCUUCGCCUUGGUUCGCUCCAACCCCCCCGCCACCAUCACCUGGGUGGACCAGUCCGGCCGUCUGGUGGCCAACACCUCUGACUUCCUCAUCAUGGACUCGCGCAGUUACCCCUGGCUCAUGAACCACACGCUGCGGGUGACCCUGAGCAGCCUGGCGGGGAACGUCUCCGUCAACGCCAACAACAGCCUGGGCGUCGCCCAGAGCAACCUCACUCUCGCCGAGUUCCUGCAGUCCAGCGUGGAGGUGCCAGUGCUGGGCAUCGUCACCGGGGGCGCCGUUGGGUUCGUCACCCUCCUCAUCCUCACCCUGCUGCUCCUCUGUCUGCUCCACAAGAACAAGGGGAAGGAUGUAGAGAAAGCAGUGGAAAUCACAAUACCCAAGAGGCAAUCACCCAAUGUACAGGUGGGCAAUGUGUAUCUACCACGAGAAAACAUGUCCCUGCCCUCGAACCUGCAGCUCCAUGACCUCAGCACCCUCCGCAAAGGAAUGGGGGAGCGAAGGCAUAAUCCAGGAGAGAGAAAGAAAGAGGGAGAGGAGGAAGAGGACCUAACUGCUGCCUACGCUGCCCGAGGGUUCUCCAAGUUCCCCAUGGUGGGCUACAUCUACAAGGCGAACAGCAUGAGCAGCGAUGAAAUCUGGCUCUGACCACUCCCCCCCUCCCCAUGGAGCAGGGGGGUCACACACCUGUCCAGUCAGAUGCCCAGCGGACCUGCCAGUCAACCAACUGAUGAAUCGCUCUGCCAAUCAGGACAACCGGUGCUGAGGGGGGCAGGCUAAGGCAGGGAGAGACAGCAGGAAGAAAAAGCACAUAACGUCAGACUGGGCCAUUUCUCUGAGAAAAGAGGUUGAAUCAACAACGAUGGCCAGGCUAAAUCCCUGUUUCAAUACACACCUUAAACUGAUUUGUCUGGAUCGAAAAACAGUGGGGACAACAAUGACUGAGAAAUUGUAUUAAGGGGAAUCAAGGCUGGGUUGCACUCUCUUUAGCCACUAUAGCAGCUAUGUGACAUGCCAGUGUUAAGCUCUGGUCCCAGAUCAGUUUAUCCUCAUGUAUUCCUGACCACUGACACUUUGUGUGAAAAGAUUGAACUGGUGCAGGGUCAGUGACUAGGGGACACAUCUCUGUACUGUCUGUUGGCCACACUCCCAGAACCCUCUGCUUCAAUGUGGAAUGUUAAAUGUGAUCACUUCCUUUGUGUGACUAUGAGAAUGACCAUGACAAUGUAUGACGUGAAACAGUAUAUUUCUAUAGACUUACAUGCACCUGGGAAUGCACAUAGACAUAAUCUAAUUGGUAGCUAUAAAUAAUCUAAUAAAGAUGAUUGUGUAAUUCA